AUGCAGACGGUGACCAGCCCGACAGUGACCACACCAACUCUUAAUACGAAGCACAGUAGUGGAGACUUACACAGUCGUUUGAAAUCCAGAAAACUUCUUGGAGUUGGAGAAACUGAUGAUGGGGAUGUCCACAGAUCAAAGCUCAGCCAGAUUUUGGGCCACAGUGAUCAGUUGUAUGUCCGACUGCCAAAUGGGCUAAGAGUGUGGCAGUUUAUGCUGGCAUUGUUGUUCACAGUCAUUGCAGCAUGGGCUCUCAUAUUUCCACAAAAUCUUUAUGAGACUACAAUCCAUGCUGUUGAGCACCAAUGUGUCACACUACCAGUACGAUUUUAUGGCGCUGCCUUACUAAGUCUCGCCUGGGUUUUCUGGAGUACCCUUCAUGCCAUUGACAGGGAUGUAAUAAAGACAUCUCUUCUCACAAGUAUCAUUUACUUUACUGCGCAUGUUCUUGUUACAUCUGUCUUCAUGAUGCUCUCAACACUCACAGACACCACUAGCCCUAUUAUGUUGCUGGUGAAGGCCGCUCCAAGGAAGGACAAGGUUACCAUCGAUUCCAGGUACUCUUCUAUUGAGGAAAUCCAGUGUCCUGUUUUUGCCAUGAAAACAGAUUCAAGUGUGAUCUUCAUCGGAUUUCUGGAAACUGGAAAGUUCAUUGGCAAUUACAUCGCAUUUCUUGGCAGCCUUGUCUUCUCUUUGUUCACUCUCUAUUUCUACUGGUCCUUGUGUGGUGGCAGUGGCAGCAGCUCUAAAGGCACAUCAAGUGUUGAGGGUGGAACCAACUUGACCAUUGGUUCUGGUGGAAUAUCAGCAGCCGGAACCUCCAGACUGUUUGGCUCCAUCAAAGAGAUGAAAGACGAUAACAGCAAGGACAAGUAG